UAACAAGGCGAACAAGACAAGCUAGCAACAUGGCGUUAGGAGAUGCGUGGAAACAAAUAUCUUGGUUUUACUACCAGUAUCUUCUUGUCACGGCACUGUACAUGCUGGAGCCUUGGGAACGAACCGUCUUCAAUUCUCUCCUGAUAUCUGUAGCAGCCAUGGCUGUAUACACUGGCUUUGUGUUUAUGCCGCAGCACAUCAUGGCCAUUUUACACUACUUUGAAGUGAUCCCAUGACCAGCACUCCAACCCUUCAGGCUGCUCAAUGAUUUCCCUUUGGCUUUUUUCCCCCUUUGCCUUUGACUACUGGAAUCAUAAAGGAUUUGGUGAACUUGAACUGGGAAAAUCCGAUGACGAGCAGGCACAGGAAUCAUAUGAACCAGUCCAUUGUCAUUUAUGUGGCGAAUGGCCAUGUAUAAGUGCACAGCCUCCAAGACUCUAAGCACAUACUGCCCUGUUAGUCAAUGGUGUCCUGUUAGUCAGCGAUCAUUGUAUAUAUAAUGCUGCAGUUUUUAUAAUACUUUUUUUUUUCUUCUUUGAGGGCAGUGGCUUAUUGAAAACGCUAAAUAUUUUGCGAUAAUAAAUGCGUAUAUUUCAGUGUAUACAUAUUGGUAACUGUUUUAUAAAGAUUUAUCUUGACUGGUGAUUAAAUGAUUUUGUUUGCCACAGUGGCACAUUGUA